AUGGAGAUGUUAAAAAAAAAAUGUAUUGAUAAUUUUAUUCCUGAACAACAUCUUGCUUACGAUGAAAGCAAAAGUCCAAAAGCUAACACUGUUUACGAACAAUUAUUUGGUAAAGCUGCAAGUCCUUUAUUAGUUCUUAUAGAUGAAAUUCCUGAAGAAAAGAGGCAAUUAAGUUAUUCUUUUUACAUGGACAAUUUAUUUUCCGAAUUCAAAAAGACUGUCCUUUACAAAAUAAAAAAUUAUUUGCAAAAAAAAGAACGCGGUUACUUUGAAACAGCCAUGGAUAAAAAUGAUGGUCUUUUGUAUGUUCGAUGGAUGGACAACGCUGUGGUAACAAUGAUAUCAACUUCAUGUGGUACAAAAGAAAUAAGUCAUGUAAAAAGGUAUUCUCAACAAAAAAAAACAAAUAUUUUGGUUCAAAGACCAAGCUUAAUUGCAAAAUAUAACACAUACAUGGGAGGUACUGACCAAAUGGAUCAAAAUCUUGGAUGUUACCGCAUUGGAGUUCGUGGGAAAAAAUGGUAUUGGCCUCUAGUGACAUGGAUGUUUGAUAUAGCAAUGCAAAACAGAUCAGGACGAAUAUCAAAAUCAAUUUGUUCGACAGACUCUCGUAUAUCAGAUACAUUACGGUAUGAUAAAACUGAUCACUUGGUACAACAUACAGAAGAAAAAAAAAAGAAAAAGAUGUGCCGGAAAAAAUUGCAACUCAACUGUACGAACAAUGUGUUCAAAAUGCUCUGUUGGGUUAUGUAUUAA